CUACACAGUUUUGAUCAUGACACUGUCCUCUCUGGACGUCAUUGUCAAGGCAGCCAUCAGCAGCAAAACUCAAAUUCUGCAGCUCUUAAAAUAUACAUUUCAGGAAAUGUCUGGUUUAUUGAGGGGACCGAAAGCAACAACACAUGAUAAUGACAGCAAGCAGCUAGCUUUUGCCAUCAUCUCGAAUUUGGUAACAGCUCAUUUAAGGUCAGAUGGGUUUGAACACAACUUCCCAACCUUCAACCAUGGCGCUAAUCUCACAACUGGUCUUGCUUCUUCUGUUCCUUUGUUGCUCCACUGCAACUCUUGGCGUGUCACAGGCAGCCACCAACUUCUCCUGCUCUCAUUCUGGGGAACCCACUCACCCUUGCAAGACAUAUCUAUCUUACCAUGUCCAGUCACCAAACUUUCUAAACCUUGGUAACAUCUCUGAUCUCUUUGGGAUCAGUCGUCUGUCAAUAGCAACUGCCAGCAACCUGGCCUCCGAGGAUUCAGCAUUAGUUCCGAACCAGCUCUUGCUUAUCCCUGUAGAGUGUGGAUGCACAGGCAACAAUUCCUUCGCCAAUCUCACCUACCAAAUCAAAGGAGGCGACAAUUUUUACUCGGUUUCCAUCUCGUCACUGGAGAAUCUCACCAACUGGCAACUCGUUGAAGCAUUAAACCCUGGUGUGAUCCCAACCCUUCUCCAUCCUGGUGACCAAGUCACAUUCCCUCUACUCUGUCAGUGCCCUUCCAGGAUGCAGAUCGACAAUGGAAUCGAGUUUCUCGUCACUUAUGUCUGGCUGAUAGAUGAUACUCUCCAGGCUGUUGCUGAGAAGCUGGAUUCAUCAGUCAAUGAAAUUCUGUUGGCAAACAACUACAUGAACUUCAGUGAAGCAAUCAACCAUCCAGUUCUGGUCCCAGUCACUAGCUUACCUGUUCUUAAGUCAAUGAAUCCUUCUUCACCAAAAACAAGAGAGUCAAAGCUACAUUGGAUCAUUAUUAUAGUGGCAAGCACUAUUUCUGCCCUUCUGAUCCUGUAUCUAGGGUUUGUAUUAAUCGGUUGUCGAUACAGCUGCAACAAGAAGUUCCUCCUGGUGCGCAAGAACUCGAAUCUAGAGACUGAUGAGCUAAUGAUGCAACAAGCAAAGAAACUCAAGCAGAAGAAAGUUGAUUACCUUCCAGGAGUUUCGGGGUAUCUAAACAAGCAAACCAUUUAUGAUGUUAAUACGAUUUUGGAAGUUACCAUGGAUCUGGAUGACUAUUACAAAAUUGGAGGUUCAGUUUAUAGGGCCACCAUCGAUGGCCAGGUAUUAGCUGUGAAGAAGUUCAAAGGGGAAGCAACUGUAGAGCUGCAGAUUCUGCAGAAAGUCAAUCAUGCUAAUCUGGUGAAGUUGAUGGGAGUUUCAUGCCAUCCAGAAGGAAACUUCUUUUUGGUCUAUGAAUAUGCCGAGAAUGGUUCGCUAGACAAGCGGCUCUUCAGAAAAUCUGCACCAUCAUCGUCAUCAUCUUCAGGAUCUAUAUCGUUCCUUGGUUGGAGUAGAAGGCUGCAGAUAGCAUUAGACGUAGCGAAUGGCUUGCAUUACUUGCACGAACAUGUUCAGCCGAGCAUUGCUCAUCGUGACAUCAGGAGCAGCAACAUAUUGCUGGACUCGAAAUUCAGGGCAAAGGUGGCAAAUUUCUCUAUGGCAAGAUUUGCGGAAGAGUCCAUAGGGCCUAAAGUCGAUGUCUUCGCAUUUGGGGUGGUUUUGCUGGAGCUGCUUUCAGGGAAGAAGGCGAUGGUGACUAAAGAGAGCGGGGAGAUUGUGCUGUUGUCUAAAGAAAUCAAGACUGUGUUGGAAGUUGCAGAGAAAAGGGAGGAAAAUUUGCGGAACUGGAUGGAUCCUAACUUGGAGAACAUGUAUCCCAUUGAUGGUGCCUUGAGCUUGGCGAUUUUGGCAAGGGCCUGCACUUUCGAGAAAUCUUCGGCCAGGCCAAGCAUGGGAGAGGUGGUGUUUAACCUCACAGUGCUUACACAGUCGCCUUUAGAUGAUUCUCUGGAAGAGGUGUGGCCUACUAAGCUUGAUGCAGAAGAGCUUUUGCAGAUCAUCAGUCCAAUUACUGCUCGUUAACCGUUGUACAUAAAGUUCUGUUAUAUAU